CUCCGGCCCCGGGUCACCUCCAGCACGCGCCUGCUUCCCGUCUGCGCGAGUCCACGCAGCUCCCCAGAUCAAGAAGCUGAGGCCCCAGGUUACACACUAAAGUAAAUGGCAGAGGCAGAAAUAACACCUAUGUCCUCCUGACCCCAAGGCAUGUUCUUAAAGUUCUGGAAACCUCCUGGAGGCUUCCUUGAUGCUCCUCUGGGACUGCCACCCUGGGCAGGGUGUUCUGUGGCCCCUCAUCAUCGUGGCUUUGAACCACAGGCCCUUCACCAGCACAGCAGCAGCAGGCAUGGCAGCAAGCGUGGAGCAGCGCGAGGGCACCAUCCAGGUGCAGGGCCAGGCCCUCUUCUUCCGAGAGGCCCUGCCCGAGAGUGGGCAGGCUCGCUUCUCUGUACUGCUGCUGCAUGGUAUUCGCUUCUCCUCCGAGACCUGGCAGAACCUGGGUACACUGCACAGGCUGGCACAGGCUGGCUACCGGGCUGUGGCCAUUGACCUGCCAGGUCUGGGGCGCUCCAAGGAAGCAGCAGCCCCUGCCCCUAUUGGGGAGCUGGCCCCUGGCAGCUUCCUGGCAGCUGUGGUGGAUGCCUUGGAGCUGGGCCCCCCGGUUGUGAUCAGUCCAUCACUGAGUGGCAUGUACUCCCUGCCCUUCCUCACGGCCCCUGGCUCCCAGCUCCCGGGCUAUGUGCCAGUGGCCCCCAUCUGCACUGACAAAAUCAAUGCUGCCAACUAUGCCAGUGUGAAGACUCCAGCUCUGAUUGUAUAUGGAGACCAGGACCCCAUGGGUCAGACCAGCUUUGAGCACCUGAAGCAGCUGCCCAACCACCGGGUGCUGAUCAUGAAGGGGGCGGGGCACCCCUGUUACCUGGACAAACCAGAGGAGUGGCAUACAGGGCUGCUGGACUUCCUGCAGGGACUCCAGUGAAGCCCAGCACUGCUGCAGGGGGUGGGCGGCCUGCCUGCUCUGAGCUCUCUCUUGCACGCUCUCUCUUCUCUCACGGGCUCUGGCUCAUGCACAUGCAACAGGUGCGUCUGUCUAUAUGUCUGGGUUCUUGUGUUUUGUGGUCUGUUUGUCUUUUCUGCCUCUUUCUCUUGCAGUGAUAGACUGAGGGGGUAAAAUCAAGAGAAAAAACUCUCAGGAAUCAAGGAACAUAAUCCGGUGGAGGGUAAUCCAUUACAUGAGCUUCUCCUGUUCUUCCACUUUCCUGCCUGGCUUUCACUCCUUCCCCUGCUCUGCCCAGCCUUUCCCUCCCACCCACUCCUCCUUCUGCAAAUGCCCUGAAGGCCAGCCCUUCCCCCAACACCCACUUCCCCACCUCCUUAGGCCCCAGAUACAUACAUGCCCACAUGCACGCUUACAUGUUUAGAGCCAUCCUUGUUUCCAAACAUGACCCUUCGCUUGAGGGCAACUGCAUAGGUACAUGUAACUCUGGACUGGCAUGCACAUUGUCAUGUGCAGCUUUGCAUAUAGACACAUGCAUACAUGAGCCUACACACAAGCACUUGCACACAUGUGGACUCCUAACCAUGCUAACCUCACUGGCUGGGAAGGUGGGGACCCCAUGGGCCAGCCCUUGCAGGAGGCCCUUUUGCAAGGCUUAGGGUGUGGCCAGCCCUGAUAGCUACUUGGACACAGGUUUCAGCUGGCCCCAGCCCAGAAGUGACCCCCAGAAAGGGAGGGCCACCGCUUUGCCCCCAUGCUUUUACCCUUCCUUCUGGGUGCUCUACACCUCCCCAGGUUACCAGGCCUGAGGCAUCUCAGCCAAGCUUGUUUCCUCCUCUGAGGCUUGGGGGGUGGGAGCCAGAGUGGUGAAAUAAAGUGAUGCAAUUAGA